AUGGAGGCAUCACUGACUUCAACAAAUGUUCAUGUUAACAAUCAUAUACCCGAUGAUAUUAUCUUCUCUAUUCUCUCCAAACUUCCUCUCAAAUCUUUUAAACAAUUUGAAUGUGUACACAAAUCAUGGUCCCUCUUAUUUGAUGAUACUUAUUUCAUAACUAUGUACCACAACAAUUUAUUAUCGAAUGAUUGUUCUUAUUAUGAUGAUACAUGUCUCCUCGUAGGUGUGACAGAAGGUACUGAAUACUACAGGAUGGGUGGUGUUUUAGUAGGUGAUAUGUAUUCUCUUUCCGGUGAAAAUUUUGAGAAUAGUGUCAAAUUAGAUUGGCCAAAUCCUCCAUUUCCUGAGGAUGAAGAUUUGGAUCUGGAUGGGGAUGGGGAUGAGUAUUACAUUGGUUUUGGAAAAGUAUGUGUGCUUUCCACCAUUUCGAUUGGAAACUUAUAUUAUGGAAUCCAUGCUACUAAUGAAUUCAAGGUGAUUCCUUCCAGCCUUGACGAGUCAGGAGCUUUUUUGAUGUUGGGGUUUGCUAUUCCCUGUUAUCAUCUAGUUGGUUAUGAUCACAUUAAAGAUGACUAUAAGGUGAUUCGGUUCAUGGACUGUGAUGGUGAUGAUGAUGACGACUAUGGUGACGAUGAUGACGACGACUAUGAUGACAAAAUUGUUUCCUUCUGGGAGAUAUAUAGCCUAAACAGUAACCUUUGGAGGAAAAUUGAUGUCGACAUGCCUCUUUAUUCUACUAAAAAAAACGUGUACAUGAAUGGAGUGUCUCAUUGGUGGGAUAGAAAUGAAACACAUUCAUAUUUGAUGUCAUUUGACUUCGACAAUGAAUCUUUCACUACAACACCCAUAUCCUAA